UAUAUUUCUCAUAUUUAGCGCAAAAGUAAACGUGUUCAAAUCUUAUAUUUGUAAUAACUGUAAUGGCCAAAUCAGAGUCUGCAGCUAGUACAGAAUGCUUCAACAUUGAGUUUAUGCGAUCACUAGUGAAACAAUACUCUGAAUUAGGACAAUGGACAAGUGCACUAUUUUGGGCUGAUGUGGCCGCAUCUGCUAGCAGUGCUGGGGGGCAGGCCAGUGGAGACGACAUCUGGCUCCUCGCCAGUGCAAUGCUGGCUCGUGGUGAACUCCACAGAGCAGCAUAUGCAGUAACAUCGAGAGCUCUACACAGGAGACAUUUGUUGUGCCUUGGUGUGGUGAUGCGAGCGUACCUCGCCGCCAAAGAGCCAGCGACGGCGCUCAACAUGCUGGACGAGUGUGAUCCAGCUCUACUCGAACCUCGGAAUACGGAUCAAACACAUAAUCGAGCACUCGCUGGCGUGCUGGUGUGGCAGGCUCGAGCACUGUCAUCGCUGGAGCGCCGCGAGGCAGCCGCUGAAGCGCUAGCUGCAGCGUUGCGCGCCGACUGUGCUAACUACGAAGCGCUCGAUCUGUUAUUGGAUCAGCACGCACUCACGCCCAGGCAAGAAUUGGAGCUGAUCUCGUCGCUGGCGGUGAGCACGCAGCUGGGCCCGGCGGAGGGCGCGCUGGUGCGACGCGCCUACCGCCAGCGGGCGCUCCGCUACACGCCCGAGCCCGCCGCCCGACCGCCGGGGCCUCCGGGGCCCGACGAACCCGCACUCGGAUCGGGGGCGGAGGCGGAGGCGGAGACGGAGGCGGCGGCGGAGGCGGUGCGCGCGCGCACGCUGGAGGCGGCGGCGGCGCGCGCGCGGCGGCUGGCGGCGGGCGGGCGCUGGCGGGCCGCGCUGGGGGCGCUGGCGGAGCCCUGGGCCGCCGCCGCCGACCGCGUGGCCUGCCUCGUCGAGCUGCGCCGCAGCGCCGAGCUGUUCGCGUUCGCGCACGAGCUCGUCGACGCCUACCCGCACGACUGGACCUCCUGGUUCGCGGUCGGGUGCUACUACUACCUCAUAGGUAAGAGCGAGUUCGCGAGACGCUACCUAAGCAAGGCGAAAACCCUGGAACCCGGAGCUGGAUGUGUGUGGCUCGCGUACGGGCACAGCUUUGCAGCAGACAACGAACACGAUCAGGCAAUGGCGGCCUAUUUUAAGGCGAGCCAGUUGAUGAGUGGUUGCCACCUGCCGCCGCUGUACGUGGGCGUGGAGUGUUCGCUGCUCAAUAACCCGCCCAUGUGCGCCAAGUUCCUCGCCAGGGCGGCCGCGCUCCACACCGGAAACGAUACAUCGGAGCCGUCGGGCGGCGAGCUGGACCCGGAGGCGGAGGUGGAGAACAAGGGGCGGUGGGAGUGCGUGGUGCGCUGCGUGGAGGAACCGCACGUGGCGCACGAGGCGGGGGUGGCGGCCUUCGCGGCCGGGGACCUGCGGGCCGCGCGCGUGCUGCUGGGCCGCGCGCUGGACGCCGCGCGCGGGGACCGGCCCCUCGACCAGCUGGGCGCGCGGUGGGCGGCCACGCUGGACGCGCUGGGGCACGCGACGCGCGCGCUGGGCGGGCGGCGCGAGGCGCUCGAGUGGCACGAGCGGGCGCUGGCGCUGCGCCCCACGCGCGCGCGCUCGCACGCCGCCCGCGGCCUGUGCCUGGCGCUGCUCCGCCGCGAGCGGGAGGCCGCGCGCGCGCUGCACCACGCGCUCGCGCUCGACGCCGACGACGUGGUCGCGCACGCGCUGCUCGACGCGGUCAUCGACCGCCUCGACGUGGACUCGCAAGAUGAAGAGAUACCCCAGUUCCCGUUCCCGGAGCUGAACUUCUCGCCACACACGCCGGCCACGCCCACCGCCGCCGCUGACGUCACCGGCGCAGCUGACGUCACCAACAUGGCCGACAUGAGCAUGAGCUUCGACUGAAUUAACACCAGCGGUACUCGCACGGUGCACCCACCAUUAAGAAGACGACGUUUCCUGACGUCAGCUGGAUGGAGUUAUAGUAAAAAAACAAAAAGAAAUGGAUUUUAAGACAAGAAUCAGACUCUUUGGUCAUCUCCUGUCUCAUUCUAACGGGGAACAUAAUAAUAGCAUUUGCAUACGUGCACUAACGGUUUAAGCUGGCGGGGCCCCAGUGGAGGAUGAUAAGGUUAAUAUGAGGUCAGGUCAGUUAGUCCAUCGUAGCAAAUCGCCAGGUAUUUAUCACAACAGUUUCCAGGGGAACGCGUGGAUGUCAGCCUGACAGUACAUUGCUAGCAUUUGCUUUUUUUUAGCAUUUCUUAGCAUUGCUGGGGUUAUUAAUACACGUUUUUUACUGCAAUGAAAUUGCUCUCUUUAUGUAUUCAAAGUAGGAUUUUAAAUUGCAUUAAUUUGCACAUGUUUUGUAACUUGAUGCCAUAUAAUAUUCUUAAAAUAUGUAAUAUGAAUUUCAAGUAUAAUAAGCUUAAUUGUAAGUG